UUUUUCUGGUGAUCAACUAGCCAAGUAUCUUCCCCUACUACUCGAUGGGAUUCGGAUCCUUGUAGCGCGGAAGGGAAGAGUGACACAUGGAAGUUCCAUGAUCGUGUGGUCGAGUACGAUGCUACCUUAGAAAACAAUAUACAAAUGCGAUCUACCUUAUCCCAUAACAAAAUGGAGAAACCCUUUCCCACUCCAACUUUCAUCCCACUAUUUCGCCAUUGCCGUCGACGAUUUCUCCCUAGAACCAGCGAGGUGCAUAAUAUUGAUGAUCACCGUUGCUGCAAUCUCCUUGAGAAGAGGGCGAGUAGGAUACAGAGAAGAUUGAGGUAAAGGGCAAUGUCGCUGUACCGUGCACAUGGUGACGAUGCAGAACUAGAGGGGGUCGAUGGCGGGAUGGUUCUCCAAGGCCCGAGAAAGUCUCGAUUGAAGGAAUAGAUUAGCACACCCAGAGAUAGAUGAUGAGGAAGAAGAUGGAUUGCCUGAUGAUGAUGGAAUUGGAAGCCAACUGGGGUUUCUGCAUUUGGGUUUGGUGCUGCCUAAGGCCUCGCACAACUGCUAUGGCAGGGACUGUCUUGCAGCGAUAAAGACCGGACUUCUUACCGUCAUCGAGUGGUCUUUGUUUCUUCGUUUUCUCUGCCUGAGGGACUGGGAAAUUUUGAAGGAGGAGCCAUCAACGUUUCCCUCUGAACGAAUGGAAGAGAUUCAAUUAAUUAGGAUUGAACUGCGGUUCCCAGAAUAUGGUUGGACGGCACAGAAGAUUUUUCAUCUUAUGAACUUCAUUUUAAAUGGAGUGCGUGCAACUGCUUUUGGAUUUUACAAGCUUGUAUUUCUUCUGAAGCCAAAGGUCUUUAUUUUUGUGUUGGUGGAUCUCCCUGGACUGCUAUUUGUCUCAACCUAUACCCUACUUGUCCUAUUUUGGGCAGAAAUAUAUAAUCAGGCAAGAGGCCUUCAAACAGAGAAGCUCAGGAUUGUAUACUUGUCAUUUAAUGGUGGAAUUUACUUUAUUCAGGUUUGUCUUUGGAUUUACCUGUGGAUAAAUGACAACAGUGUUGUGGGAGCCAUUGGAAAGAUAUUUAUUGCAGUUGUAUCAUUUGCUGCAGCACUCGGUUUCCUUUUGUAUGGAGGGAGACUAUUUUUCAUGCUGAGGCACUUCCCUAUUGAAUCUAAAGGGCGAAGAAAGAAGCUCCAUGAGGUUGGAUCAGUUACUGCAAUAUGUUUCACCUGCUUUAUUAUCAGAUGCUUUGUGGACGCAUUAUCUGCUUUUGACUCAUAUGCAUCCCUCGACGUGUUGUAUCAUCCAGUCUUGAACUUCAUCUAUUACAUGCUGGCUGAGGUCCUGCCAUCAGCACUUGUCCUCUACAUCUUGCGGAAGCUACCCCCCAAGAGAAUAUCAGCACAGUACCACCCAAUCCAUUAGCCCAGCCUAAUCUUCAUCCUUGAAAGGUUUCCUCAUUUAGAAUCUCGAUGAGGUUCUGGAGGUGUAUUGCAGUUGGAGAAAGAAAAGCAGAUGAGUGGAGAAAAUGGAUGCAGAUGUGUGAUGCUGGGGCUCUUCUAAGCUUAUACGGGGCUCUUCUAAGCUUGUGGGGAGAAAUCUGUUUACCAGGUUGAAGCAAUUGGUUAUGAAAAUGGCAUCAAGAGUUGGUGCAUAUUUGAUGAUGUCCAUGUUUCAUUUAUUUGACAAAUUGAUGUCAAAAUUUUGCAGGUUCUCUGUAGGGGUUAUAAAGGGUUCUUUGCCUUUCUAUUUUCUAGAGUUCUGAUUUUGGAAAGGCACAUGUAAGAACAAAAUUUCUUGUAACAUUUAAGUUGUAUAUUUAUUUAGUCACUUCAUAAAGUUGGAGAGGGAGGCAUAUUGAUUACUGCAAUCCAUCUCUGGCAAAUAGAGAACCUUCUAAGAUCA